GCUAGCUGUGAAUGCAGUAAAAGACAAAGGUCGUGGUAAUUAAUCCCCCCAAACUUAACGUGACCGUGGUCAGUUCGGUUCGACAAGUGGUGACAGUCAGCGGCAUUGAUUGGGGCUUCAUCUACAAACGGCGUAGCGACAGUGCGAUUAUACUACCCAUGUUUAUCUGUCGCGUCAAUCGAAUACCGAUAAGUCAUCGUUGCUUUACGCAACAGAGCGGAGACGCGGAACCCAGUAGCCGCCAAACCUCGCGUUGAGUUUCGAUUUUUCGGAUCCGAACCUAAGGAUUUUUGGCAAAGAUGGAUACCGACGUGGAAACUUGUCUCAAGGAUUGGAAUGAGUUAACGCAAGAGUACAAAGUCCUGGAGGCGUUGAACAGAGAGUACUGUGCAAAGUUGGAAGAGGUAGGCGAGCUUCAGGCAAAAUGUUUGCAGGGAAUAUCGCACCAGCGAUAUAGAAUGAACGUGAUAACCAAGUCUCUCAGGCAAUUAGAUGCUAGUGACGUGCGUCAAUCUUUAGAUAAGGACAUAAACAGACGACUUGAACAGUUACACGAAAUGGAACAGAUAUUGCCAAAACCAAACGGGACUUACUUGAAGAUCAUACUGGGCAAUGUCAAUGUUUCAAUAUUAAACAAAAUGGACAAGUUUAAGUACAAAGACGAAUAUGAGAAAUUCAAGUUAGUUCUGUCGAUGAUCGGCUUUGUCUUAUCUGUUGUUAAUCUCUUCACCAAUGUGAGGACACUGGAGCUAAGCUUCAUGUUUCUCUUGGUUUGGUAUUACUGCACAUUGACUAUACGUGAGAGUAUAUUGAAGGUCAAUGGAUCAAGAAUAAAAGGUUGGUGGCGUUUUCAUCAUUUCUUGUCAACUGUAGUAUCCGGAGUUCUAUUGGUUUGGCCAAAUACAGGUCCUUGGUAUGCUUUUCGUGGCCAGUUUAUGUGGUUCAACGUCUACAUUAGCGUGGUUCAAUAUCUGCAGUUCCGAUAUCAACACGGCGUAUUAUAUCGUUUGAAGGCCUUGGGUGAGCGGCACAACAUGGACAUAACAAUCGAAGGUUUUCAUUCCUGGAUGUGGCGCGGACUGUCAUUUCUUCUUCCAUUUUUAUUUGUGGGCUAUCUUUUUCAAUUGUUCAACGCCUAUACACUCUACAAGCUGAUAUGGCAUCCUGAGGCGACUUGGCAUGUUCCCGUAUUGAGUUUUACAUUUCUCGUGCUCUUUCUAGGAAACACGAUAACUACGGUUAUGGUUAUACCCCAGAAAUUACGCGAGCGCGUUCGAAACAGCUUGCCAGGUGUUUUCUCGUCAAUAACAGAACGUAGAAAAGAGGCUACUGUGAAAAAAAACUCUGAGAAUAAAUCCGAAUAAACUAAUUGCGUUAGAAUGAA